ACGGAACGGCGUCGUGUUAAGUUCGUUAGAUAGUCAGAGCGCAAGGAAAACCCAAAUCCAGCUUGAGUCCCAGCCCCAAAGAGAAACUGCGGUCUUACGCCAAAGGCCCACAUAUAUCAUACACAUAUACACAAAACAAAGAGAAGUUAAAUAAAGGGCCGCGUUCAAGACGACGAGUGUUAUAAGUGCGCGUUUAAAAGCGGCAAAAGCAAGAGGCCAAAUAAAACCAAAAGCGAAAAAAACGACAAGCGACAAAACAACAAAUUACCAAAAAAAAAAAAAAAAAAAUAAACAACAACCAGGCGACAAAGCCAACAAAACGUACUUUCAACAGCAAUUAAAAAAAUUGUUUAGUGUGUAAAUCUGUGAAGAAGAAAGUUUUGGAUUUGGAGCGGCAAUUACGAAACCUGGGUUUCCGCCAGCCCAAGCAUUGUGCAUGAAGUGAAAAGCCCGGCCGAAAAGCAUAGCCGAGUCACAAUCCUCCCCCUUCCACCCCCCCCCACAAAGCCAUAGACAGCGCUACCAAAUGGGCCACCUGUCCACAUCGGAGCGUGUGUGCAGCACCACGCCAAUGCCCAGCACAGGUGAGGGUAGUCCCCCGCUGAUGACACGCCGCGCCAAGCUCAGCAGCGAGGUGCAGGCUCGUCGCGGUGAGGAUUCAUCGCCGGAGUCGGCGCCACGCCCCAAGCAGCAGCAGCAGCAGCAGCAGCAGCAACAACAGCCGAUGUCGGUAGGAGCACCGCCGUCGCCCAGGAAUAUCCCAAAGCAUCUGGUCAAUCACAUACCCAAGGAUCAAAUCAAUAUGGAGGAGUACACGCGCAAUUUCAAGGGCGACAAUAUCCUGGGCUGGCAGUUCAAGGCGCCGCUCAAAUGGGACAAAGUCAUACAGAUCUCCUUGCUGCACAUUGUCGCCGUCAUCUGUUUCAUCACCUAUCCGCUGAACGAGCUGCGCCUGAGCUCAACCCUCUGGUCCUUCUUUAUGGGCGGCGUGGCUGGCUUUGGCGUUACCGCGGGCGCCCAUCGCUUCUGGACACAUCGCAGCUACAAGGCCAACAAGAUCUUGAGGAGUCUGCUGAUGAUCAGCUAUUGUGUUGCUGGUCAGAACACCAUGUACGAUUGGGUGCGGGAUCAUCGGGUGCAUCACAAGUACUCGGAGACGGACGCCGAUCCGCAUAAUGCCAAUCGCGGCUUCUUCUUCUCGCACGUCGGCUGGCUGAUGAUGCUGAAGCAUCCGGAUGUCCUCCGCCGUGGCAGGCAAAUCGAUAUGAGCGACAUUGUUUCCGAUCCCGUUCUCCAAUUCCAUCAGAAGUACUUUGUGCUGCUGAAGACGCUGCUCUGCUUUGUGCUGCCCACUUUGGUGCCGGUCUAUUGCUGGAACGAGACCUGGUAUCAUGCCUUUGUGCAUCAGUGCAUAUUCCGCUAUGUGUUCAGCCUGAACUUCACCUGGUCCGUGAACAGUGCAGCUCAUCUGUGGGGCUCACGCCCAUACGACAAGCGCAUUAUGCCCAGCGAGAACAUCUAUGUCUCCAUCAUGGCCAUGGGCGAGGGCUGGCACAACUAUCACCAUGUCUUCCCCUGGGACUACAAAGCAGCCGAGCUGGGCGACUAUAAGGUGAACAUGACCACCAUGUUGUUGGACACAUUUCAAAGGAUUGGCUGGGCCUGGGACAUGAAGCAGCCCUCCAAGGAGCUGGUGCGUCGCACUCUGGAGAAAUACGGCGAUGGCACACACGCAUCACAGGUGGGCGUGGGUGCGGCAACUAUUGCUCCCGGUAGCACCCAGAUGAUUGGCCAUCUGCACUAUUCUGAGGUUCCGGAUCCCGACCUGGAGUACGAUGCCGAGUCGAGCAGCACCGAGAGCGCCAAGCUCGAUGAGAACGAGAACGAGAACGAGCGGCAGAAGAAGGCCACAAAAAAGUUGGCAGUUUAAUGGUUAACUGCAGCUAGAACCGAUUGUGAAUUACUAGUGUUUGCCGGUUUACUUAAGAGUGGGGCUCUUAAAUGUACAACAACAGAAAUGAGAAAAACAAAACAAACAAAAAAAAACAACAACAACAACAACAUCAUGAAAUGUUCUAAUAAUCUUAACAC